AUGGCUUCGAUUUCACUUCCUCCACAGUCCCAGGCGGGCUUCCCGCCACAUUUCGAUACCUCGAAUCUGUCCGCCAGCAGCGGUCGUCGCCAACACCUGCACGCACCGUUGCCUAACCCCCCAUUUGUCUUUCCAGCACGGGACCCUGACUCCCCCAACACCCAAUCAGAGACCCCUGAGCGUCGGGAACGGGCCGCCUUGCCCGCGUUCUCUUUCAAUCCAGGAUCAGAACAGCAGUCCUCACACCUCACAGCACCGUCCUUGUCAAAUCCUCGCCCUGGCGGACACCGUCGGCGACCAAGUGAGUUCGUUGCAACAGACUUUUUGGCAACACCGGAAACAUUGGGAGGUCAUCAGCGGGCGGCUUCCAUGGCGGAUCAACCUAUCCCCCUUCCAGGACCUGGUGUUGGCCGGGUUCCUGGACGACGGAACCAUGCCCAUCGCCGUUCGGCUGCGAUCUCUAAUGUCGACUUGAAUGCUAUCACCAAGGCGCUUGGCCCUAAUUCUGCAGGAAGUGCGCCUUGUACACCCGCCGACCCUAACCACAAAUCUGCAUCUGAUAUUCCUUCGCGACCAUUGUCUCAAUCGGCUGUUAGCCUCGGUCGCCCCACGCCCCCUGCGUCUCCUCGGUUCCCUCCCGUCCCUCCUGUGCCUCCCAUUCCGGCUGCCAUUCAAGCAGAAAUGGGCUUGAACAAUCAGAUCUCGAAUGCCGAACGACCAAUACCCACUGUGUCGCACGGUACCUCGGAUAGUACGACCACAAUUAAAGCCAAGCCACAGGUGGAGGAACCUACUUUCUCGGAUCUUGUAACGCCAAGACCUAACUUCAGCCCAAAACCUCGACCAAAAACUGCCGAUGCCUCUUUGGCGAUGGAUUUCAUGCAGAUGGAUGACGACUCGGGAUCCUCUAUCAAACGUUCGCACUCAGCCGCUGGACAUUCACGCUCUCGAAAGAGCAAAUCAACACCGCAUCUUGAUUCCACUCUCUCGCCCGAUGAUAUUCAGUCAUCAGACAAAUACCGGCCUUCGUUUUCCGACGAUGGUUCCGAGACAUCUGGCGAUGAAGCGACAGAGAACUCGUCUGACAACAAAUCCCCUAACAAGUCGAAAAAGAAGAAGCAGAAGCGUGUUCGCUCUUGGGCCGGUCACAUUCUAACUCGAAGCAAGAGCAAGAGUAAGAGCAAGCGUCAUGCGAAGGCUGACACACAGGAGGAACCACCUGUACCUCGCGCCCCUGCACAUCGUCCCCCUGCUCUUACUCGGACCAACUCGGGAACCGGAUCGGUCUUGGAUGUUGAUUUUGAUAAUGACGAUGUCGUUGUCAUCCGGACUCCCACCAACCCGACGAUGCCUCCUUCUGCCCUUGAGCCUCUUCAAAAUAAUCGCCAAACUGACGGUGGUUGUUCUUUGGCUGCACAGUCUCUAGAGUCCUCGUGGAAACCGAGGAGUUUCUAUGAACAGGAUAUUGGCUCGCACGACAACGUAUUAAGUAGCCCUAUUAUCGACCUCGAUGCUGCGCUUGGUCCUUUCAACACUCCCGAUAUGCGACCGGCAGCCCAGGGUGCCCCCAACAAGAACUUUUCGGUUGCAACACAGCGGAUGUACAGCGGCGGAAGACGGGGUGAAUUUGUUGGCCCAGAGAUGCGAUACCAUCGACGUACAGAAAGUGCUCCAGCAAUGCAACCAUUCGACCGCUCUGCUCUCGGCGCAUUCCGUCUGGGUCCCACAUCGGCAGUCGAAACGCCCGAUGUGUUUGACGAGGAGGAAGAGGAUGCUUUCUUGGCUGCUUCCCAAUCACCCAAGGGCGAGCGCCCUGCAGUAAAUGCCCAACCAGUCGACAACGCAGUUUUCUCGUCAUCGGAGGAUGAUUCGAAAUCUAUUCAGAGCAACGAUACCGUUAGUACCAGUGAUACUCUGACUCGUCCCCCCACCGGGAGCAUCUCCUCUCAGAAUGCUGGCUUAGGUAUUCGACAAGGUGAUAAACAUCAGAACCAGGAACAGUCGAGGGAGAUUAGUGUCUCUGAGCAGGUGCACACUGCCAGUAAUCCUUUCACCAGCAAGCCGCGAACCCCCGUGGAAAUUCUGAAGACAGAAGAACCUGCGCAUAAAGUUAAUGGACCUCCCAGUCCUGAGAUUUCUCCUCGAUUCUUAGCUAUCGACAAGCGACCUCUUACAUCACCCAUUGAGCUGCUUCCCAGUGUUCCACCAUUUGCGUUACCCCCAGGGGUUUCGCCAUCUGAAUCGUCAUUCCCGUCUCCGGAUGCUCCACAAUCAAUUGCGGCAUCAUCGAUGACCGAUCGGAACCUUUCUAGCCACUCGUACCAUCAUCUUCCUUCGGCAGAAUAUCCUUAUGCAUCGGUUGAAGAUGUUCCAUCUUUGACCAGUAGUGCAUCGACCAUGACCAACACUUUGAAUCGUUUCUCGGCGGCUUCUUUCUUUCCCCGCGGACGUCUUUCUACCGACCGCGCAGCAUCUUUUUCAGCUGCUGGUACUCGACGCACCAGCCAGGCUAAUACCUCCAAACGCUCUAGUCUAGCCAGCCUUUCCAAGCUAGUCGGCGGUCCCCAUUCUGAGCGGAGCAAGCUCAACCAGGAGGAGAAAGCCCCUAGCAACGCAUCCGACAGAACAAAGAAGAAGGGCCGCCGUCUCAGCCGAAUGAUGCAGUUCUGGAAACCCAAAGACAAAGAAAAGGCAUCCAAUGAGGCGGUACCAGCAAACGAACGGCCGCAGUCCUAG